AUGAGCCAGGAGGAUUCAGGAGGAGGAUGCUGGUGCCCCAUCCGCCCAACCCACAAAACCAACAACUCCAAUACUGGAAGCAAGUCCAGUAAAAACAAGAAGAAGCACUGCGAUGUGUGUGGACCCAAGAAGAAGCACUGCGAUGUGUGUGGACCCAAGAAGAAGCCCUGCGAUGUGUGUGGACCCAAGAAGAAUCCCUGCGAUGUGUGUGGACCCAAGAAGAAGCACUGCGAUGUGUGUGGACCCAAGAAGAAGCCCUGCGAUGUGUGUGGACCCAAGAAGAAGCCCUGCGAUGUGUGUGGACCCAAGAAGAAGCCCUGCGAUGUGUGUGGACCCAAGAAGAAGCCCUGCGAUGUGUGUGGACCCAAGAAGAAGCCCUGCGAUGUGUGUGGACCCAAGAAGAAGCCCUGCGAUGUGUGUGGACCCAAGAAGAAGCCCUGCGAUGUGUGUGGACCCAAGAAGAAGCCCUGCGAUGUGUGUGGACCCAAGAAGAAGCCCUGCGAUGUGUGUGGACCCAAGAAGAACAGGAAGACAAGGUUGUGGGAAGUGGCCGUGGGUGAGAAAGGAGGCGAAGAGGUUGGAGAGGAGGUGCAAGUAUUCAUCAGAUGCUUGUUUUAG